AUGUUUACCGGCAUUGUCGAAGUCGUAGGAGUUGUCUCAUCCCUGAUCGAGCACGACACCUCAUCCACCGGCGGGAACGGAUGCUCGCUCACGAUCUCCGGCGCGGUGUCAAUCCUGGGAGAUUGCAAUUUGGGAGAUAGUAUCGCUGUUAAUGGAACAUGCUUAACCGUCACCGAAUUCGAUGAAGAUAGCUUCAAAGUCGGCAUCUCUCCAGAAACACUACGAAGAACAUCAUUGGGUGAUCUGAAAGAGGGAAGCCCAGUGAAUUUGGAGAGAGCGAUGGCUGCGCAUGUGCGAUUCGGUGGUCAUUUCGUACAGGGACAUGUCGACACUACUGCUGAGAUCCUCUCAAUAACCCCCGAUGGCAACGCACUUACCUUCCGCUUCCGCCCACAUGAUGAUUCUUUGAUGAAGUACAUCAUUGAGAAGGGGUAUGUUACGCUUGAUGGAACUUCCUUAACGGUCGUCGAGGUGAAUGAUGAGGAGAAGUGGUUCUCGAUCAUGAUGGUUGCAUAUACACAAGAGAAAGUCAUCAUGCCUACAAAGAAGGUUGGGCAGAAGGUCAAUGUUGAGGUUGACAUGAUUGGAAAGUUAGUUGAGAAGCAGGUUGCGGCUGCGGUUGGAAACUUGGAGAACAAUGGCGUGUUGGAGACGAUGAUUAAGAGGGUUUUGGCGAAGCAGCAAGCAUGA